UCCUAGAUAAAGUUCGUGCAAGCGGGUGGGCAAGUGUGCCGCGCCUCCGAAAUCCCUCGCCAUGGCAGGCUCUUCCACUCUCUCGUCCGCGCUCUUUCUCCUUCCUCCCUUUAACUCUAACGUCUCCUCCAAAUCGAAGCCCUCACUCUCCUUUGCUGCUUACUCCUCGAAGCCGCUGACCUCGCUUUAUUCCCGUUCCUCGUCAUUCAUGGUCUUGGCCGCGCCGGAGCUCGUGGACUCACCGGAAACCUUAUCCGGAUCUGAAGGUCUCGCAGGCUUGGAGACCGAGGGAUCCGAGCCUUCUUCUCUGGCUUUUGAGAGUGAUGCUGAUAAGCUGGCAGCGGCACCAAAGCAGAAGAUAAGAAUCAAGCUGAGAUCAUACUGGGUUCCCCUCAUUGAGGACUCAUGCAAGCAGAUCUUAGAGGCAGCCAGAAGCACCAAUGCCAAGACCAUGGGACCUGUCCCUCUGCCUACCAAGAAGAGAGUUUACUGUGUUCUCAAGUCUCCCCAUGUGCACAAGGAUGCUCGAUUUCACUUCGAGAUUCGCACUCAUCAUCGUUUGAUCGAUAUCCUGUACCCAACCGCGCAGACGAUCGAUUCACUCAUGCAGCUUGAUCUACCAGCUGGUGUUGAUGUGGAAGUUAAGCUCUAAUUUUUCAGUCAAAACUAUUUGUCUCUGGCUCCCAACCUAAGCAUUUGUAUUCAUUUUGUGCUCCAGAUUGCAAUCAAUUGGAGAAUAGACUGUAUGUGAUAUUUUAUUUAGGACAUUCAGAAAUGGAAGCUUGGUGCAGAAGUAUAUACAUUUCACUA